AGCAUUCUCAUAUUAUCCACACAAUUAAGAGAUCUAGAAAAGCUUACUUCUAUCUCUCAUAUGUAUUUAGCUUCUUAAAUUUCUAAAGAAUAGCAUCUAACCCAAGAAAAUAGCCAAAUGUUUUCACGUUUUCGGGAGUGAAUGAUAUAUAAAUUAUACGCGUCAAUUUUUCCCUCUCUCUAUAACGGCCUUAUUGCAUUCCUAUAUAUAUUGCUUUCAUCUCUUGAGUACCCUUUUUUGUUUCAGAAAAGUUUCUUCGUAAGAAGAAGAAAAAAUUUGUCUUUGUUUUUUAAUAUGCAAAUCAAGAAGUCUUUCUCAAUGUCCUCUCGCACAGGAAGAGAUUUGCAGAGAUACAAUCAUGGUUGUCGUCAAGUUGUUGGAUGUAUUCCGUACAGAUGCAAGAAAACGGACCAAUCAUCUUGUGUUCAGCGUACCCCUAUUGAUGAUUUGGAAUUUUUAUUAAUCAGCUCGCAGAAAAAUCCAAGAAUGAUGUUCCCUAAGGGUGGUUGGGAAAUUGAUGAAUCAUUAGAAGAGGCAGCUUCAAGAGAGACAUUUGAAGAAGCUGGAGUUGUUGGUGAGGUUGAGGUUCAGGAAUACUUAGGUACAUGGAGUUUCAAAAGCAAAAGCCAAGGUACAUUUCAUGAGGGGCACAUGUUUCCUUUGCGUGUGACUGAGGAACUAGACGAUUGGCCUGAAAAAACUGUCCGUCGACGUUUAUGGGUGAAUUUUAGUGAAGCAAGGGAAGUAUGUUGGCAUCCAUGGAUGAAAGAAGCAUUAGAUGUCUUUGCUUCUAAGCUUUCCAAGAGAAAAGAAGGGCCUCAUAUAUUCCAUUUAUUGUCGGAUGAAGGUACUGUUGUGUGUUGUAGCUAAGCCAAUGGAGUACUAACAACAACAACAAAUACAGUGUAGUUUCACAAGUGGGAUUUGGGGAGGGUAGUGUGUCUGCAAACCUUACCCCUAUUCAAGAUAGAGAAGUUGUUUCCAAUAGACUCUCGGCUCAGGAACAAUAAGAAGAAACGAGUAACAACAAAUAGUAACACCAGCAUGCCAAUCAGAAAAUCGAAGCGAAGGAAAUAACAAGUGAUAACAAAAAUUAGUACUCCGUGUUCAGAGCAGAACCGUGAAUGAACACCAAAGCGAAGACACAAGCUUCCAAUGAAGAUAAAAGAACAAACAUUGUUGCACAAAAGUUAGCAACAAAAAAAGGAGGACAAAACCUCUUGGAAUCAGUCUUGUACCUUGAAGUGCCUUGUAUGGCAAUUUGAUACUACUAUUUUUCUUAAAGAAGCAUGCAAUGAAGAAUCAGCAAUAGCAUCUGAAAGUCCACAAACAGAUUAAAAGAAAAGGAACCUUCGGCAUUAAUUAUAUCCCAAAGUCUACAACAAAAUGCAGAGAUUGACAAUCUUUGGUUGCAAAUUGCAACGACACAAGUGUUUAACUGAAGAGAAGCCUCAUGGCCUGUUUGAUAGAAUUAUAAAAUUGUCCCUCAAAUUGGAUUAAGAGCUGUUUCUGUCGCACCUUGUUUAA